UGUAGUCUGUAGUAGUCUGCGGACAUGGUUAACUGUGGUUUGUAGCAUUAUGUAGAAUACGAUUACAAAGGCCGACUUAAAAGCUAAUAACGCUUGUUUGUGUCCGUGUGAGGCUUUAACCAGAAAAAAUGACUCGCACAGUGUCAUCGAAUUUUUAGGAAUUAAUGAAAUUGAAAAAACGGAAGAGUCUGUGCGCGCAGUGCGUGAAUAUGCCCGCCAAGGUCUCAAAGAAGGUCGUGGGCAUGAUCGUACGAAGCCGAAAAUUCAUUAUUAAGGAUGGGGUCAUUACGUAUUAUAUGGAUCUGAACAACUGAUAAAUGAAAUAUUGAUAGAAUCAUAAGUAUGGAAAGAAAUAUAUAUAGUAACACUUCUUAGGGGUCAUGCCCCCUGGGGCAAAAGGUGGAGCAGAGGGCCUGGGCCCCUCCUGUUCUGAAAUUCACAACAGCCAAGAACAUGCUAUUGCUAAACUCACACCUUCUCUUACAUUUGCUCAGCAAUGCUACAGACAUCUUAAGAGUUCCGGUAUAGGAGAGGCAAGUGUGUACCAUGCUCUGGUUGUAAUAUUUUUGGAAUUUUUUGCAUGGGGUUUAUUAACCAUGCCUGUUAUUUCUGUAUUAAAUAUUACAUUUCCAAAUCAUACGUUCCUGAUGAAUGGUUUGAUAAUGGGCAUUAAAGGAAUCUUAUCAUUUCUUUCUGCACCAUUAAUUGGUGCCUUGUCUGAUGUAUGGGGUCGAAAAUUCUUUCUACUUAUCACAGUAGCCUUCACAUGUGCACCGAUUCCUCUAAUGAGCAUUAAUACAUGGUGGUUCUUUGCUAUGAUCUCCAUCAGUGGUGUCUUUGCUUGCACAUUUUCAGUGGUAUUUGCAUAUGUUGCUGAUGUUACUGAGGAACAUCAAAGAUCUCCAGCAUAUGGUUUAGUAUCUGCAACUUUUGCUGCAAGUAUGGUAAUAAGCCCAGCAUUGGGAGAUUAUGUCAUGAAAGUGUAUGGAGAAAAUCUUGUGGUUGCAUUAGCAACAGCUAUUGCAGUGUUGGAUGUGUUUUUUAUAUUAGUGGCUGUACCUGAAAGUUUGCCUGAAAAAGCUCGUCCACCAGCACCUAUUUCUUGGGAGCAGGCAGACCCCUUUGCUUAUCUUGGAAAGGUUGGCAAAGAUCACACUAUUUUAAUGUUGUGUAUUACUGUGUUCCUGAGCUAUCUUCCUGAAGCAGGACAGUAUAGUUGUAUAUUUGUCUACUUGACUAAGGUUAUGGGAUUUACUGCUUUAAUGGUAGCAUUUUUUAUUGCCGUGGUUGGAAUUUUAAGCGUUGGCGCUCAAACUCUCUUGGGCGUUUUGAUAAAGACACUUGGCAGUAAACAUACUAUAAUGUUAGGCCUUCUAUUUGAGAUGUUACAACUUAUGUGGUUUGGCUUCGGUUCACAAACAUGGAUGAUGUGGGCAGCUGGAGUGCUUGCUGCUGUGUCAAGUAUUACAUAUCCUGCAAUCUCUGCGUUUAUAUCCAUGCAUUCUGAUGCAGAUAAGCAAGGUUUGGUACAAGGCAUGGUAACCGGAAUGCGUGGAUUAUGUAAUGGUCUAGGGCCAGCAAUGUUUGGAGUAAUCUUUUAUCUUUUUCGCGUUGAUCUCAACGAUAAUUCUCCUUCCCUUCCUGCAAGGCCAUCUCCAUUAGAUGAAAAUAACAAAACAGGAACUGCCACGCAACAUCUUGAUAUUAUGCCACAAAUAGUAACCCAGCUUGUACCAGGACCACCAUUUGUGUUUGGUGCAUUACUUGUGAUAUGUGCAUUACUAGUAGCUGCAUUUAUACCUGAAUCAAACACAAUGCCAACUGGUCCAUUACAUCAUCCAUCCACCUCCCGGAGGCUCUCCGGUAAAUACGCAUAUCAGAAAUGUUUAUCCUUGGAUGUACAUUAUGAGGGAGACAAAUUGGGAAGCGGGAAAGGAAAAAUAGGACCGCUGUCACCUCUAGUCGACAAUUGCAACUCUGCUGCUCUAUAGCUAUUGUAAAAACUAAAACGAGCUACAAGAAAGAAGAGGGACACGUACCUUUGUGAUAAAACUCUAUCUUUAGAGAAAUGGUUACUAUCAAGUGCACCUACUACACAAGGACUUUAAAAAGCUGUCUAUAUUGUAUUAUAUUAUAUCUUUAAGUCAAUAACUGAGGUUAUCUUAGGAUUACCAAUCCACUUAAUGUUUAGGUUACGAAAAAUUUUAUAAGCAGUGUUAUUUUAAUGACAUUUCGGUUGAGCUAAACAUUAAGUUCGAUCGUUUUAGGUAUAUUUUGUUAUAUAAAAAGUUAAAAUUUUACAUUAAAAAAAAAAGGAGAUUGUAA